AUGGUACGAGCUACAAGGAGCUCUGCCGCAAAAGGCAGAGCUGCACAAGUACUACCAGUCAUUGGUAAAGAUUCAGUACAACUUUCCAGUCCACCUACGACACCAGAAGCACCCAACUCCCGAAAGAGGAAAGCUAUCAAGGCGGAAGGCUCACCAGAAACCAAGACCAAGGAUACGCCUGUUGCACCCAAGAGCGCCAAACGAGCCAAGAAAUCUGUAGUAAAGCAAGAGGACAUCAACGACCUUCCGCACAACCUUGGUGUUAUUCCAGAUCUUCCAGUCAAGCGAGAAGACGAUGAUGACAUCAAAAGAGACUCGGCAAAGAAGACAAAAAAAGCAACCAAGAAAGCGAGUGUGAAGAAAGAGGACGUUGGCGAUGUUGUUGACAAAGCAACCACUACAACUCCAAACAAGAAGAGCAAGGGUAAGACUGGGAGUUAUGGCCUUACACCCGGCCAAACGCCAUAUCCAAACUACCCACAUCCAACUGCAGAAGAAUGUGAAGAAGUCACUCGUCUCUUGUCGAAAGUACACGGCAAGGUAGAAGCUCCGAAGACCAUUCCCACACCAUCGCUCGAUGUCUCAGGGUGCGGAGAAGUACCCUCAGUCCUUGACGCUCUUAUACGAACACGUCUUUCUGCUGCAACGUCUGGAACAAACUCAUCCCGCGCUUUUGCAGGCCUUGUUGCCAAAUUUGGAAUUUUGAAAGAAGGUAUUGGCAAAGGCAGCGUAGACUGGAACAAAGUGCGCCAAGCAGACCAGAAAGAGAUAUUUGAAGCAAUCAAGAGUGGUGGACUAGCCGAUGUCAAAAGCAAGGAUAUCAAGAAGAUUCUGGAAAUGGUCUGGGAAGAAAAUCAGGUGCGACGGAAAGAGCUUCAAUCUCCGUGUGACAAAGCGCCAGGUUCCACCAAUGAGGCGGAAGAGGAGAAGAGUGCAGAGAUCGAAAAGGCAAGCCAGGAUGUCAUCUCUCUGGACCAUCUGCAUCUACUCUCAAAUGACGAUGCCUUCAACGCCCUCACCAAGUACCCUGGUAUUGGACCCAAGACAGCAUCGUGUGUACUUCUCUUUUGCCUUCAACGACCUUCAUUCGCUGUUGAUACGCACGUCUUCCGACUCUGCAAAUGGCUAGGUUGGGUACCCCCGUCAGGCGAUUCCAGGGGUCUUGCUCCAGGUGCGAAAGGCACUUUCGCUGGUCCAACACGCAAUUCAACGUACGCUCACUGCGAAGUUAGAGUACCAGACCAUCUGAAGUACCCACUACACCAGUUACUUAUAAAGCAUGGGAAAACGUGCCCAAGAUGUCGAGCAAUCACGGGUGAGAGCAGCGAAGGGUGGGAAAAGGGCUGUCCAAUCGAACAUCUAGUCCAGAGGACAGGCGGCCGCAAAGAUUUCGGCACAAGCCCAAAGGGAGGAAGCGCAAAAACUUCAAGGAAAAAGAAGAGAGUGACUGAGGAAUACGAGAGUGAUGCUCAGAGCAGUGGUGUGAGUGACGCUGAGAGUGCUGAACUAAGCGACGUGGUGAGCGAUGCAGAAAUAGAACAAUCGGAAGAAGAGCAGUCAGAAGGUGAAUAUUGA